UCCGCCUCUCCUGUGUCGGCGGUGCUGGCUGCUGCCCUGCAGAAUCCAACAUGGAGUAACAGGAGAUGGGGCUCUUUCGGGGCCACCCUCGGUGAAAUCGGCGCACACUCACAAACACGGCACUCAGGUGAUCCUGCGAGGAAUGUAGAGCAAAGUAAACGACUGGACGUUCGCCGGAGGGGGGGGGGGUUGCUUUUUCGAUGGAUGAGCAGUGGCACAAAAGGGGAAAACGAGACCAGCAACGAGACUGAGGAAGGUGGAGAACAAAACGGUGCGAAAAAAAGCUGCAGGAAGCCAGUGUUACACUAUGUGGAGGAGAGGGAGAGUAGAAGAAGGUGGCGACGAAAAUGCCGAGCGCAAAGUGUGUGCCCGCUGUGGGGAAUUGCUGUAGGUGAAACUGGGGGAAAAUGACCGAAGAAACACAUCCCGACGAUGACAGCUACAUCGUGCGCGUUAAGGCAGUGGUCAUGACCCGGGACGACUCCAGUGGUGGCUGGCUUGCCCUGGAAGGGGGUGGUCUCAGCCGGGUGGGGGUCUGCAAGGUGCUGCCCUCCGAGCUGAUGGGCCGCAGCGACUUCCUCAUCCUCGGCGAGCGGCUCAAGGACAAACAGGUUAUUCUGGAGUUUUUCCUCAAGAAGGACCUGAUCUACACCAAGGCCACGCCCACUUUUCACCACUGGAAAGUCGACAACAGGAAGUGCGGUCUGACCUUCCAGAGCCCCGCGGAUGCCCGUGCCUUUGACAGGGGCGUGAGGAAGGCCGUCGCCGACCUCACCGAGGGGUCCACGACAUCAUCCUCAACGAUCCAGAAUGAGGCUGAGUUGGGCGAUGACGACGUGUUCACUACUGCCACUGACAGUUCCUCCAACUCCUCCCAGAAGAAGGAGCACUUCACACAGGCCCUGAGCUCACCCGCCUUCUACGAGCCCCGGCUGCCCCCCUGCACCCACCACCACCACCAACACAGAGGGUUGGAGCGCUGCUUCCCGGAGCAGCCGAUGCCUAAAUUCGGCCGUCAUGUCACCUUCCAGGACGAGGACGAGGAGAUUGUGCGCAUCAAUCCACGGGAGCGGGCAUGGCUGACGGGCUACGAGGACUACCGGCACGCCGGCGACCGCGGAAGGUUCUUCCGGGCCAACGACGGCGACUCCUACGUGCACUUUGCCAAAAGCGAGCCGUCCAAGCACGACUACAACUACCCCUAUGUCCCCGACCGAGACUUCUGCCUCCACGACCAUAAGGGCAGGGUCAUGGGGAGGGGGGUGGGCGUGGUCAGCACACAGCCCCACCCCCUACAGGUCAAACGGAAUGGGCAGAAGGAGGGGGAGCGGUCGCGGUGCGUUUACUGCCGGGACAUGUUUAACCACGAGGAGAACGGGCGUGGGCACUGCCAGGAUGCCCCGGACCCCAUCCGGACCUGCAUACACCGGGUCAGCUUCAUGUGGUGUGCCGACAGUUUGCUGUACCACUGUCUGUCAGACCCCGAGGGCGACUACUCGGACCCGUGCUCGUGCGACGUGGGCGACGAGCGCUUCUGCCUGCGCUGGCUGGCCCUGCUGGCUCUCUCGCUGGUGGCACCCUGCAUGUGCUGCUAUAUGCCACUCCGCGUGUGCCAUCGCUGCGGCGUGGCGUGUCACUGCUGCGGGGGCAAACACAAGGCGGCAGGCUGAGUGGGAGGGGGCACCGGGCAGCCAGGAGGUCAGAGGCUGGAAGGCGAUUCGUUCUCUGUCCUCCAUUCAGAAUUUUGGCCUAGCGAGGCCCUCGCAUUAUAAAGACUGACUGACUAUUCAUUUAUGUAUAACUGGUACUUUAUAUAUUUUUUACACUGAUUUUGUUUUAAGAACUUGAAUUUAAUUUCCCCUGUGUGUGUGUGUGUGCGUGUGUGUGUGUGUGUGUGUGUGUCCCUCCCGCUCUGUUAAUUUGCCAAUGCUUGCCAAUCAACGAUGCAGCCGGUUCCUUCCUGUACACAGAGGCACUUAAAUGGACCAUCACGCCCCAUCCAAAACAUUAACCCCCCCCCACAGACACACACUGGGCUAUUACACAAGAGGAAGUAAAACACUGAUUCACCUGAGACACUUACUCUAUGGUCAUGUGGACUGUGUGUGUGAGGAUGAUGCUUAUAUAACAUUGUGGGGACCAGAUGUUCCCCACAAUGUAAUAAAAACUGUUGUUUUGAUGUUGUGGGGACCAUUUUUCAGGUCCCCACAAGGAUCUGUGAAUGCUAUCAAAAAACUAAAAAUGCCAAAAGUCUCGCAUUUUGUUUGGUUACUUAUGGUUAAGGUUAGGGCUCGGUAGGGGUUACGGUCGUCAUGUUAUGAUUAGAGUUUUCCCCAUAGAAAUGAAUGGAGAGUCCCCACAAAGAUAUAAUUUCAAACCUGUGUGUGUAGGGUGGGAGGGGUGUGAUCUGUCAGUGUGUGCUUGUCAGGACCGUUUGAGUAAAGGAAGCAAGGUGCCAGCAUAAUCUGGCUGCAUAGAACUGUUGUCACUGUAUCUAAGCCAAAAUGAUUACGAGCUGCGGAUAUCCAUCAUCUAAGUUGUUCCGUUGUGAUCUCUUAUUUGCAAACAGCCUUUGCUGUAAUAAUGGUAAACUUCUAUUAAGUUGUAGUGUCUAAUAUCCAAAGGUGUAAUUCUGUUUUUUAUGUGUCUGUCCCCCCCCCCCCCCCCCCCCCCCCUGCUUCUUACUUAAAGCUGAAACACAUUGCGAAGGGACUGAGGGAAGUGCUCCCCCUGGUGGCUGCACAGCGGCAGGCGGACUUCUCACUCAGGGAGCUUCAGUCUAUCACGGGGUUGUGUGAGAAGGUGCUCCAUCAAUGGCUAUCCUGCCAAAUUGCUGAAUCAUGGUCUGGCCCUCCAUAAAUGUUCCCUCUAUUGAGAUCGCAUGUCCUUUUGAGUUUUAAUUAAUACAUCCCAAAGGGAAAAUAUCAAAUGUAAAUGUCUGUGUUCAGUGCUUCAAAUCACUGGAGGAAGGGGGAGGGGGUUUCUAGAAUUUUUCAGGAGGUGUCAGUAGGAAUGAUCGGUUUUGCCUCAAAUGUUUCCAGACUUAAUGUAGUGCGGUUAUAGAUAAUGGCGUUGUACAAUCAAUGAAUCAGCCCCCAUCCCCCAGGUCUCAGUGGGGGUGGGUGGGCAUCCACUCUGGGCGAUUGGUCGACUAUCAGCUGCCCCUAGUUGUGGUUACCUGACUAUGCUUCUAGAUGCUGAUCAGAAUCAGUCAACAAUGUCACUGUCCAGAAGGUGUGUUAAUUGGCUCAGGUUCAGCAGUGAAAGACAGUUAGCCAAUCAGCAGUCUGCCAGGGCGGCCAGUAUACUCUGCCAGUAGUGUACCGUGUGUACACACGUAUGCUAUUCUGGAGUGCAGACACAUGCGUGCUUGCAGCCCGAGUAAAUACGAAUUAGGCUCAGAUUAUAAGAAUCCCACAAAUAGUAUGUAUCGAAGAAACGAAAAGCACUUCAAAAGCACUACUGUGAAAUGUGACCGACAGUGUCCCAAAUAGAUACUGGUAUCUAUACCAUAUAUAUGGUUUUCUAAACACAGCUGUCCUGGUGUGAGGGGAGUGAGACCCGAUGGGCCGUUUUCCACAAGGCAGGUGGGCUAGCAGGUGACCACCUCGUGGCAAUGGAGGGUCAAGGGUCAGAGGUCAUGGGUCACAUGCAGUCCGCUCCUCACCCUCCGAAGCUCUGCACUUACUGGACCCCGUUGUCCUCUAAGCAAAUACCGGCCUUUUGUUUGUCGUUCGGUCGACCAAAUCUCAUUUUUGUUCCUGCAGUGAUGAGUUAACCAAAAGCGUUCAGUCUGUGUAGUGCUCGGUCUCUCCUGCACACAUUGAACUAUUGAAAAGUGCCUCAAGCAUGCCUGAAUUCAUCUGUCUCCUUGUAUAUAUAGAAUAAUGAAAUAAACCUUGUAUUGAUUCUUUUUUUAA